GCCAUGACCAGUACCCUUCGCCAGCUCGUAUCUGUACUCAGCAGUGCUGUCGAUUCACUUGAGAAGACUUGCGCUGCCAAUGGAAUGAAGGUUCCCGACCUCAACGAGCCAUUCUCGCCGCCAUCCGAGGCUUUUCGCAAGGAUGCUGUAGCUGCAGAAGCCGCUAGCGUCGUGACAGCUGCUGCGAUGCAACUUGCUGCUAUCGUCACCCCCCCUCAGAUCUCCCUUUAUCACUGCGCUGGAGGGCACUUCCGAGCCGCCGCUGUCAGGGUUUGCAUGGAAUCCAAUGUUACUGAGAUUCUUCGAGAGGCCGGCCCGCAGGGAUUGCACGUAAAGGACAUAUGCACUAAGAACGGGCAAGAUCCCGAGAAACUUGUACGCUUCAUGCGCUUCCUUGCCACGAAUCAUAUCUACCGCGAGGUCACUCCGGAAGUCUUCGCGAAUACUCGUAUCUCAAGCAUGAUGGAUACCCUUAAGCCCAGCAGUGAGAUGAUUUCCUCGCCGGAAAGCAAGCACGACAACACGCACGGAAUGCCGGCAUUCACCUCCCACCACUUGGACGAGGGUUUCAAGUCGGCCGCGUGGGCAUGGGAGGUCCUUGCGGAUCCAACGACGAGGUCUUCGGGUGACAUAUCGCAUUCGCCCUUCAGCAAGGCCUUUAACACGUCAGACUCUAUCUGGAAAUUCUAUGAACAUCCCGAGAACCGUUUUCGCCACAAGCGCUUCGGAAUAGGCAUGCAGGGUGUACAAUCCAUGCAGCCAGCAGACGCAAUCUUGACUGCGUACGACUGGAAAUCGCUUCCUGAGAAGUCGGUAGUGGUCGACGUCGGAGGAGGUGUAGGCACCUCGACUUUGGCGCUCGCUGGCAAAUUUCCGCAAUUCAACUACGUCGUCCAAGACCUUCCGGGGACUAUCGAGGAUGCAAAGACUAUCUGGGACAAUCAAAUGCCCGACGCGAUAGCUUCCGGCCGUGUCAAGCUCGAAGCUCACGACUUCUUCAAGCCUCAGCCACAGACCAAUGCUUCCAUCUUCCUUCUCAAGUUUGUCUGCCACGACUGGUCUGAUCAGUACUGUGUCAAAUUCCUGUCCAAUCUCCGCCAAGCUGCUACACCAAAAACCACUCUCCUCGUCCUCGAUAGUCUUAUUCCUCUCGCAUGCCGCGAUUCCGGAGACAAUGAGGACAUGAACUUCCCGGGUGCGAAGGCACCGGAGGCUCCGGAACCACUCCUCGCUAACUAUGGUGUGGCGAACGAAAUGUGUUACAAUGCGGACAUAAACAUGUUCCUAUUGUUUAAUGCGCAGGAGAGGACCUUGAGGCACUUCAAGCGGUUGUUUGCGUCCUGCGGAUGGCGCCUUACGAGAGUGAACCGCCAAGAUGGCGACAGCACCUUCAUCCAGGCUAUGGAAGCUGUUCCUGCUUAG